AUGUUCCAGAGUCCUCCAGAAAAGUCACCCCGAACACGUCGAUAUGUGGAAGAAGCAUUCAAACAAAUCCAAGAAAAGAAAAAUAUCCGUGACAUUAUUGUUAUUAAUGAACUAGGGCAUCCAGUAAAAAGCACGAUGGAACAUAAUACGUCCGUGAAAUUUGUUGGCCUCUUUCAAGAGAUUAGGGGCAAAUUGGAGAGAGGUAUAGAAAAAAUUGAUCCCACGGAUGAAUUGUUGAUGAUGAGAGUUCGCACUAAAAAACACGAAGUUCUGUUAACACCAGACUCUAAAAUAACAUUUAUAGUUGUUCAAAAUGCUGAAAAAUAA